CAGGAACUGUGGAGCGACACGUCAUUCCAGUGAGUCAUCCAAUCUGUCUCGUGACCAAGCUCUUCUCCGUUGAUUUGAUCUCUUUGCCGCAAGUGAUUGUUUUCAGCGCGUCAGCAAUGCGUUCGCUCACUUCCCUCGUCAUGCUGCUGAUGCUCGCCUGUGCGGCGAGCGGCUUCCUGCUCGUCCCGCCCCACCUCCGGGCCAUGGACGUGAUGGCUCACCGCGCACAGCCCGACACGCGCAUGUCCCUCUUCCGGCGACGCCUGGGAGGCAUGAUGGACCCCUUCGAAGAGCUUUACGUGAGCAUAUGAGCGGUGACACGACAGACGUCUGGUGUGUGUCUACAUGCUUCUCUGCUGUGUGCGUGUGCGUGUGUCUGUGUGUCUCUGUGUGUGUCAGCGGCUGACCGACGAGAUGAACAGGCUCCUGCCUCGUGUGAGCGGGUCCUUCGAGAUGUCCACCUCGAUGGGAGGCUUCUCGCCACGCCUCGACGUCAAGGAGGAACCUGACGCAUUCGUCAUCACGGUAAGUAAGACAGGCACGCACACCCCUCCCCUCCCCUCCGCACACAACUCACUCGCUCACGAGUAUUUAUCCAUCUCCACACAUGCCUGCCUCUUCAUGUCGUGUGUCUGUGUCAGUGCGAGCUGGCGGGCAUCCCGAAGGAGAACAUCAACGUGUCGGUGCGCGAUAACAUCAUGACCAUCAGCGGUGAGAAGAAGGAGGAGCGCACCGAGGGCACCCCGCCCGGCGAGGCGCCCAAGGAGGGCGAGGAGGCCAAGGAGGGCGAGGAGGCCAAGACGGGCGGCUACUUCAUGCAGGAGAGGACUUACGGCAGGUUCCAGAGACGAUUCACCCUGCCUGAGUAAGUGACCCGCAGCCCACAGCACACACACGCGGUAUGGGCAUGCACUCACGCCCUGGUUGUGCAGGGAUGUGGACGAGAGCAAGAUCGCUGCCAAGAUGGCUGACGGGGUCCUGACCAUCACCGCUCCCAAGAUGGUCAAGACGCCCGAGGAGACCGGCAGGUCCAUCAGCAUCGAAGAAUGAACUAGCCGAGAGUAGCGAGGGUGUGAGAGGGGGAGGCAUCGGGGGGGAGGUGAUGAUGCUUAGGUAGCUGCCUUUUGUAGGUGCGUCGUCGGCGUGUAUGAGAGUGUGCGAUUGCCCGUUCCAUCAGCUCGACGGGAGAACGUUCCGUGCCUAACAGCGUGGAACGUUCUCUUGGUGAGCUGGUGUACCGGCCAAGCACACACUCAUACACGAGGCCAGACAGACAGAGAAAAACUCGGCUUUUUCACUGGUGGCUGAUUGAUGGGGGCGGCCCCGUUUGUGUGCUGUGCGUGGUAUGGUAUGUAUACCUAUUUCUGUAUGUACAUCAGCCCUCUCUUGUCCAUCUAUCUCUAUCGACGCCCUCACUACUGACUGCUUGUCACCGAGCGCAGUUUUCCCCUGGUUUGCAUCCGUGCGUGUCGUCUGUGAGAGAGAGUGUGUGUGUUCGUGCCGAGGGGCUGCCCCAUUUUCCCGACUGCGGCCGUGAGGGCGCGCGCCUUUUUUCCGUCUGUAUCCCUUCAUGUGUAAGUUUUUGGUGUCGGUUGUGUGGUCUGUGUGGUCGGGAGGGAACGACGCGGCUGAGGGCGUACAUACCUCUUUUUCAUCGUGGCGCGGAGAGAGGAUGAAUAGCGAAGCUAUGAGGGGGUGUGUGUGUUGUCUGUUGCCAUGCGCUGUGGGCAUCUGUCCCGUCUUGCUGCGAGCCGG